UGCAAGAAAAUAAAUAAAGAGAGAAUUAGUUGGUUUACCUUUAGUUUUGAUUAAAUGACUUUACUAUUUUGAUUCUAAAAAUAUAAAAUUAUAUUUUUAAUAUAAAUUUUUAAUCAUCAUUACAAGUCACUCUUACUUUCUUUAAUAGUGAGUCGAUAGAUGACGAGCGAAGAAUUGCAUGUCGGCAUGAGUUGACUAACCUUUAAAGAUUACAAAUUUAAAAACAAAAAUUGAUGAUUAUUGUUAAAUAAAAAAAAAGCUGUUCUAAUUUUUGUAGAGUUCGUUUAUUUGAAAAAAUAGCUUUAUUAUAUUAAUUAUCAAAAUGCCGAAAAUACGUGCAGAAAAGGUAUCUCGUGUGCAUAAAGAGGUUACAAGGCAAGGUAUUCAGUUUAAUAAAGAUUUUGGUCAACAUAUUUUGAAGAAUCCUCUUAUUAUACAAAAUAUGGUUGAGAAAGCUGCAAUUAGACCGACAGAUGUUGUAUUAGAAAUUGGUCCUGGUACAGGAAAUAUGACAAUCAAAAUGUUAGAUAAAGCAAAAAAAGUAAUAGCAUGUGAAUUAGAUCCAAGAAUGGUUGCAGAAUUGCAAAAACGUGUACAAGGGUCACCUUAUCAACCAAAAUUACAAAUAAUAGUAGGAAAUGUUUUGAAGACAAAUUUGCCAUUUUUUGAUUUGUGCGUUGCAAAUAUUCCUUAUCAAAUUUCAUCUCCAUUAGUAUUCAAAUUACUUUUGCACAGGCCUAUUUUUAGAUGUGCAGUACUUAUGUUUCAAAGAGAAUUUGCAGAACGUUUGGUUGCAAAACCAGGCGACAAAUUAUAUUGUCGCCUUAGCAUCAACACACAACUUUUAGCACGUGUAGAUAUGUUAAUGAAAGUUGGAAAAAAUAAUUUUAGGCCACCACCAAAAGUAGAAUCAAAUGUAGUUAGAAUAGAACCUAGAAAUCCACCACCACCAAUUAAUUAUCAGGAAUGGGAUGGAUUAACAAGGAUUGGAUUUGUUAGGAAAAAUAAAACACUUUCAGCAGCAUUUAAACAAACUGCUGUAAUGACAAUGUUAGAAAAGAAUUAUAAACUUCAUUGUAGUUUAAACAAUAAGACAAUACCAGAAAAUUUUGAUAUAAAAGAAAUGGUAAAUAAGAUAUUGCAAACUGCUAAAGCAGAAAGUAAGCGAGCUAGGACUAUGGACAUUGAUGAUUUUAUCAGUCUUUUACAUGCAUUUAAUGCUGAAGGAAUUCAUUUUACAUGAAUAAAGAAAAAUUCAUAUAUUUAAAA